CAGAGGCAUCAUCAUUCAAAUGAUGUUGUGACAAGACAGACUUAAUGUGAUCAUUACUCUAAUGGGUUUUUAUGAGAAUGCCCUUAUGUCCCUUUACUCGUGACACAAAAUAAAAAAGGUGAGCGUUACAGUCCACCUUUGCUGCGCGGGACAGUGUCGAAACAUCAGCUUAGUAUUGGGAACAGAUGGUUCCUGUGCUGGACAAUAUGACCCCAGCUCCUCUGACGCAAAACUGCUCCAACUGCAGCCAGGUUUUAGUCCCGGAGCUCAACGUGGUCAAGGCUGUGGUUUUAGGCCUGGUGCUUGGCGGCUUCAUUGUGUUUGGAAUUGUGGGAAACAUCCUGGUAAUCCUCUCGGUGGUUUGCCAUCGACACCUGCGGACAGUCACGCAUUAUUUCAUAGUUAAUCUGGCGGUGGCGGAUUUGCUGCUGAGCUCCACUGUAUUACCCUUCUCUGCCAUUUUUGAGAUUGUGGAUCGUUGGGUGUUUGGACGGGCCUUUUGCAAUGUUUGGGCAGCUGUGGAUGUGCUCUGCUGCACCGCCUCCAUCAUGAGCCUCUGCGUGAUCUCUGUUGACCGCUACAUCGGGGUCAGUUACCCUCUUCGCUACCCAACCAUAAUGACAAAACACAGGGCGCUGCUGGCGGUGAUGCUGCUGUGGGUGCUGUCUAUAGUCAUAUCUAUUGGACCUUUGUUUGGCUGGAAAGAGCCAGAACCUGAGGACGAAUCCAUCUGCAAGAUCACAGAGGAGCCGGCCUACGCUAUCUUCUCUGCUGUGGGCUCUUUCUACCUCCCUCUGGCCAUCAUUCUGGCCAUGUACUGUCGGGUUUAUGUGGUAGCGCACAGGGAGAGCCGGGGCCUCAGGGAGGGCCAAAAAACAGAGAAGUCCGAUUCAGAGUGUGUGAUACUCAGGAUACACAGAGGCAACACGACUGUGUUAGAGGACGAGGCGCUGCGCAGCCGCACACAUUUCGCCCUGCGACUGCUCAAGUUCUCACGUGAGAAGAAGGCCGCCAAGACCUUGGGCAUUGUGGUCGGCUGCUUCGUGUUGUGCUGGCUGCCCUUUUUCCUGGCGCUACCCAUCGGCUCCAUCUUUCCCGCAUACAGACCUUCGGACACCGUCUUCAAGAUCACCUUCUGGCUCGGUUACUUCAACAGCUGCAUCAACCCCAUAAUCUACCCGUGCUCCAACCAGGAGUUUAAGAAAGCCUUCCAGAGUUUACUCGGAGUUCACUGUCUGAGAAAGAACCCCAGACCACACCAUCAACAUCAUCAUCUGAGUGCAGGACAGUGUCAAGCACAGGGUCACGGCCAGCCCCUCACUCUGGGACUGGACAGCAGGGGGGCUCCCUGUCGGCUAAGCGCUUCCUCCUCCAUGGCCCUGUCCAGAACCCCGUCCUCCAGGGACAGCAGGGAGUGGAGGCCCUUUACUGGAGGCCCCACGGGCGAAUCUGGACCGGCAGAGACGAGCAGGGACAAAGUGGCCAAACUCUGCAGUAAAAGCUUCCGUCGGACCUGCUGCUGCGUCCUCAGUAGUGGGACUCCCCCGCAGGAGUCAGAGUGCGCCCAGCCACCUCCUGUCGGAAACCUUCCCACCAUUAAAAUCCACCAACUGUCCCUGUCAGAAAAAGGAGAGCCUGUAUAGCCACUAUAAUCCUUCAUCCAUUAGUCAUGACUCUCCUUUCAAGGUCACAGAUGAUAAUAUAUCUACUUUUGCUCUGUUGGAUGAGCUGUGUUGGAAUGGUGGCUGCUUUGAAAUUUAAAAUAUAAAGUCUCCGUUUCAUUUUGUGAUCAUUCCUGGAUGUAAGAAAAAUAAAUAUCUAUAUUUAUCAUGCACUUUAUUUUACCCCUUUAAGAAGAUGGCUUUUUAGCUUUCUAAACACUAACUACCGCAGAAUACAGCAUGGGAGAGAUGAAAAUAAAGCAAAUUUUGUAGAAAGAAGUGU